GCCUCCGCUGUCGUUGCCCUUUUGACAUAACAGAUAAAAAAAUAUUCAUUUAAAACAAAAUGCUCGUAAUAACGAUAAUAUCUGCAUUUUUGCUAUUCAAUUGUGUUGAUUAUGUGUUCAGUAUCCGCUGUUAUGAUUGCAACAGCGCUAAUAACUCGAUGUGCCUGGACCCUACGGUAUACGACGCGGAGACUGUCAGAAAGUUUCUUGGUACCAUCGACUGCCAAGCUGACGUCGAAGCUCCUAACAGGAAGGACUUCUUCUGCAGGAAGAUUGUGCAGACCAUAAUGUUCAAAGGUCAUGAACCCGAGGUCCGAGUGACCCGGGGCUGCGGCUGGGUGCGUCACCACAGGGACUGCUACAAGGCGGACAACGAGGACCAUCUAGAGACCGUCUGUCAGUGCUUCCAAGACGACUGUAAUGCUGGAACCGCGCUAUCAUAUACUACCUUCCUUGUUACGGCUCUUGGUAUACUGGUUAUUUGUUUGUAGUAAAGUUUUUUAAAUUGA